AUGGCAAUUUAUGCAGUUGGCGCGGCUUUGACGACUAUCUUUAAUUCAGGAGGGAAGAAGGACGGUAAUGUAGAGUCCUAUCUUAGCGAUGCUGGUAGAAUGUUAUCGGACCUGCAUUACAAUAUCUCUAUUACCAAACGCUCAUUUAUCACUCCGAUAGCUAAUAAACUGGUGAAGGAUCUUGCUGAGGAGCUUCCCACGUCGUCGAAACUUUUGCUUGGAGAGGAUUUUCCUGCUAGAAUAAAAGCUGUUUUAACCAAGAAAGGCUCAACCGGCUCAUCCAAAUCGUGUAAUGAAGCCGUCGUUAAAAUUCAGGGGCCCGCCCAGGAGAUUCGACCGGAAUCUGAAGGGACAUCAGGACGGGCCGAAAUACAAUCGACCUCAACAAUUCCAGCAGCGGCGCCGUUAUUAGGGAAGUGUCGAUUUUUAGGUUGGGUUUUUAAUAGUAAAAAAUUCACAGUAGAAUUACCGAGGGAGAAAAGGGAAAACAUUUUGAAGUUAGCAAAAAGAUUUGGAUCUAAGUCAAGAUGCGGUAUAAGAGAUUUUGCUCAGUGUAUUGGGGUGUUAAUAUCAGCAUGCCAGGGAGUUAAAUACGGAUGGCUCUAUGCCAAAAUAAUGGAACGUCAUAAAUACCUCGAGUUGUUGAAAGCAAAAGGUAAUUUUGACGGUUUGAUGGGAAUAUCAACGCAUGUGAAGACUGAACUAAAGUGGUGGUCUGAGAAUAUCCUUUCAGUAAAUAAUCCCAUUAGAUUUUCAAUUUAUCAAUUAGAAAUAUUCUCAGAUGCCUCACUGUCGGGAUGGGGUGCGUUUUUUAAUGGCGAAAAGACUCAUGGCUGGUGGAAUACUGAAGAGCAAAAAGAGUUCAUUAGCUUAUUAGAAUUAAGGGCAGCCUUUAAUGGCUUAAGGUGCUUUGCAGAAAAUUAUCGUUCUUGUCAGAUCCUUCUUCGCAUAGACAGCACGACAGCAAUUUCCUACAUUAAUUGCAUGGGGGGAGUUCAAUAUCCGAAAUUGAAUAGUUUAGCAAGACUCAUUUGGCAAUGGUGCGAGAAAAGAGACCUAUGGAUCUUUGCUUCUUAUAUAAAGUCGAAAGAUAAUUCAAUUGCUGAUAGCGAGUCACGCAUCCUACCUCCAGAGACAGAAUGGGAAUUGAAUCAAGGGAUAUUUGUCUCCAUUCAGAAAAAGUUUGGAAGAUUCAACAUUGACUCAUUCGCAAUAAAUAUUAAUAAAAAAUGUCAGAAGUUUAUUUCCUGGUUCAAAGAUGCUGGAUCAAUAGCAGUUGAUGCGUUCACUGGAUCGUGGUCAACUUUUUUCUUUUAUGCCUUUCCCCCAUUUUCUUUGAUUUUAAAAGUUUUAAGAAAAAUCAUUGAGGAUCAAGCUGAGGAUAGACUUAUUGACUUGUCCUUUCAGGAAAGUCCAUCCUCUAGCCAACAAUCUUAUCCUGGUGGUCGGCAGUUUGUCGGGCAAGGAUUUCAAAGAAGAGGAGUUCCAGAUACCGCAACACCUCUGAUGAUAGACUCUCUAUCUAAGGGAACUAUAAAGCAAUAUGAGAAGCCACUCAGACUAUGGUGGGAUCAUUGCGAAGGACUCAAUAUCUCACCUUUUGAGGCUAGUGUGUCGGAAGUCCUAGAUUUUUUAUCUAAUGUUUACAAACUUAUAGGGACGUAUGGCACAAUCUAUUCUUACAGAUCUGCUGUGUCUCUCGUGAUGACAGCAGAGAUUGGGGGUGACUCCCUUGUAAAGAGAUUUUUUAAAGCCGUCUCUGUCGCGAGACCACAAAAGCCGCGCUACGAAUGCACUUGGGAACCUCAUACAGUCCUUGAAUACCUCAAGACCCUGUACCCGAACGAAAAUAUCUCCAUUCGAUUGCUUACUCAAAAGUUAUUAAUGUUAUUAGCUCUAGUUACCUCCCAAAGAAUAGCUCAACGUAUUAAGACUUCUAAGGUUAAUAAAGCCCAACCGUGCCUUGUUAUUCCGUUUUUUAAGGAUCAACCACCGCUUUGUGUAGCGUCGACCUUGAAGGUUUAUAUCAAUCGAACGUCAGAUUUCAGGAAUUCUGUAGAUGAAUUGUUUCUAACAUGUAAAAAGCCAUUUAGGGCUGCAACCAGACAAUUUUUAGCGCGUAGGUUGAAAGUUACGUUAGACAAAAGCGGUAUAGACACCUCCUUGUUUAAGGCUCAUAGCACAAGACACGCGUCUACGUCAGCUGCUAAUCGUCAAGGGCUUAAUAUAGAUCACAUACGCCAGACUGCUGGCUGGUCAAAUAAAUCGUCAGUGUUUGCGAUAUUUUAUAAUAAACCUGUACAUGAUAAGGCAAAAUAUGCGCAAGCUAUUUUACGGAUCUCUCGUUCAAAUCGUGUAGAACCUUCCAGCUUUUCACACAAUGGGUUGUGUCGAGUUCCUAUUAUCGAAUAUCCUGCUUUCGAAACAAUUUCUCAAUUUAGUUGGGAAGAAGACUUAGCCAAGAGCUAA